UUAGUGAGCAACUGAGAGUGUCACUAGGUUUUGUAUUCUCUUUCUUUAGUGAAGCCAUUGCGAGUGAAUAACAAAAACACUAUACGUUGUUUCCUGAAAAUAUACAUAUAUAUAUAUAUGAACUUCAGUGUGACUAAACUAGAAGUUUAUUACAACUUCAAUUGUUUGUGAGUUAGUGACAAGCAGGCCCGGGAGCUACGAGAAGAAAAUUUAACCAUAGCAUCACACAGCAAAUAAAAUGGAUCCUCUAAGCUACUCCCAAUACUACAACGACAGCAUGGCAGCACAUAAUGCUGCAUCACUAUCAUCACAUCCUCACCUCUCUCACGCUCAGCACCACGCAUCAUUACUGCAGCACCAACCUCAUCACAUGCAGCAGCUGCAGCAGCACCAUCAGCACCUACAACAGCACCAACAGACUAAUUCACUAUUACAUCACCAACAUCAGCAGCAUCAUCUUUCUGAUAGUGAUGAAUCCGGAAUCGGCAGUUCACACAGCCCUAAUUUACAAGACAACAAAUCACCAUUGCACAGAACACAGCAACACAAUCUGGACUCUAACUCCCUCCACAUGUCAUCAUCAGAUCACAAUUCAUCCAACAUGCACCACACCAUCACCCACCACCACGAAGCUACCACACCAGGAGCUUCACCAACCGAUGGUUCAACACAUAACCCACAUACGGUAACGGAACAUCUGGUGUCCGGCCACCACAACCAACAAAGAAUGAACUCAGUCGUCCACCACCACAACCAACUCACCAGCAAUAUCAGUGAGACGCCCCAAGCACCCCCCGUCGUGACCCCCAUGUCCACCCCCUCUCCCGCGGACUCGGUGACCUCGGAGAGCUGCACGUCAGGGGCCACUAAGAAGGACGGUAGUAAGGCUGCUGAAGAUCACGUCAAGCGGCCCAUGAACGCCUUCAUGGUCUGGUCGCGCAUGCAGCGCCGCAAGAUCGCGCACGACAAUCCUAAGAUGCACAACUCCGAGAUCUCUAAGCGACUGGGUGCGCAGUGGAAACUAUUGAGCGACGAAGAGAAGCGUCCUUUCAUCGACGAGGCGAAGAGGAUACGCGCCCAACAUAUGAAGGAUUAUCCAGACUACAAAUACCGACCUCGGCGCAAACCUAAAUCCAUGAAGAAGGAUGGAUAUCCUUACAGCAUCCCUUACAGCUCCGUGGACGCCCUCAGAACUGGUUUCCCCAGCAACCUGCCUUACUACCACUCCCCUUACAACAUCCACCACAUGGCGGCCGCAGCCCUACAACAACAGUCACAAAGUGCCCCAUCCUACGGGUACGAGGCCUCCAAGUACCCCUCCUACAUGACGGGGCUACCAUCCUACCCCAUGGGGCUAUACGGGUCCUCAUCAUCGGUCCAGGGGGGGAAUGAGGCCUCCAAGUUUGGGGAGACUGGCAAGACCAAUUCAGUGUCAGCCUUCGACCAAACUCAAGACCCCUACGAUAACAAACUGACAGACCACAAGGAGGUCGAAAUGAAGAGCGAGAGUCCGGCUCCCCAGUCUUCCUACGGCUCAAGUCUGUCCAGCUACUACGGCUCUGCUGGAUUCUCCGGCUCAGCCUUCCAGCCGUCCAGCGGUCUCACCCAGAUGUCGCUGCUGCAGCCCAGCCAAGUGGGGGCUUAUCCAGGCCCCCCAGCCCAGUAUCCGCCCAUGGGGGACAACCGUAGGCCGCUGUCCGUUAUUUUUUAACCCCCGGCCCACUAACCCCCAAGGGGGACAACCGUAGGCCGCUGUCCGUUAUUUUUUAACCCCUCGGCCCACUAACCCCCAUGGGGGACAACCGUAGGCCGCUGUCCGUUAUUUUUUAACCCCUCGGCCCACUAACCCCCAUGGGGGAUGUAAACAAUCAUA